AUGGAUGCAACAACUCCAACCACCGGCAGCUACGACUCCAACCCUAAACACCAUCAUCAACAGUACUAUCACACUACUACUACUGCUGCAUUUGCAACAAGAAGUAGCGACACCGGCAAAUCAAAUACACAUACUAAUAAUAAUAACAACGCCAUCAUGCACAAAAAUAAUCAGCGGUUGCUCGCAUCUACAAUAGCAACAAGGCCUCCUACAACCACCACAAGUAGUAGUAGCGGUACUGAUGUAAGUACCAUCAACAGCCGAAGCGACAACAUAGAUAGCUCCUCCACCACUAACAGUAUUACCAACAACGCAUCUUUGAAGCCACACACUGGCGGGGACAGCAGGUGGGACUCCAUAAACACUGUGGUCAGCUCCAGAGGCGCCAUGGGUCUUAGCAACUUCCGCCUCCUCAAGCGUCUUGGCUACGGUGACAUCGGCAGCGUCUACUUGGUAGAGCUUCGUGGCACCACCAGCCACUUCGCCAUGAAGGUGAUGGACAAGGCCUCCCUAGCCAGUCGCAACAAGCUCCUCCGCGCCCAGACCGAAAGGGAGAUCCUUGGACUCCUCGACCAUCCUUUCCUCCCAACACUCUACUCCUACUUUGAGACUGACAAGUUCUACUGCCUCGUCAUGGAGUUUUGCAGCGGUGGCAACCUUCACUCUCUUCGCCAGAAACAACCCACCAAGUACUUCUCUGAGGAUGCUGCCCGCUUCUAUGCCUCUGAGGUCCUCCUCGCCCUCGAGUACCUCCACAUGCUUGGCAUCGUCUACCGUGACCUUAAGCCCGAGAAUGUACUUGUCCGAAACGAAGGACACAUUAUGCUCUCCGACUUUGACCUGUCUCUCCGUUGCUCCGUCAAUCCCACCCUUGUCAAAUCUUCCUCCGUCAGCGGCGGCUCCUCCUCAGGUACAUCAGCCGCCUCAGGUGGACCAGCUGUGCUCGCUGGCAGUGGUGCCGCCAGUGUGGGAUCCUCGACCAAUGCCUUUGGCAGCGGCGGGGGAGCCAUUCUAGACGAGGAGUUCGCUGUCCACGGCUGCAUCCAACCCUCCACCUUCUUCCCUCGCUCCAUACUCCCUAGCAAAAAGAACCGCAAGUCAAAGUCAGACUUUGGACUCUUUGUGGGUGGGUCCCUCCCGGAGCUCAUGGCAGAGCCCACCAACGUGAGAUCCAUGUCCUUCGUCGGGACACACGAGUACCUUGCCCCGGAGAUCAUACGAGGAGAAGGCCAUGGAAGCGCAGUUGACUGGUGGACUUUUGGGAUAUUCCUCUAUGAGCUCCUCCACGGGACCACCCCUUUCAAAGGCUCAGGAAACAAGGCCACUUUGUACAACGUGGUGGGCCAGCCCUUGAGGUUUCCGGACAGCCCACAUGUCAGCUAUCCAGCCCGGGACCUCAUCCGAGGACUCCUUGUGAAAGAGCCACACAAGCGGAUUGCCUAUAAGCGUGGGGCCACCGAGAUCAAGCAGCAUCCUUUCUUCGAAGGACUCAAUUGGGCUCUCGUCAGGAGCCUUGCCCCUCCACACGUCCCUGAACCCGUCGACUUCUCUCAGUAUGCCAACAAAGAGCCGCCCCCGCCACAACCCUCAUCAUCCUCCGCCAUGCCACACCCAACUGCUUCUGCUUUUGUUUCCACAACUGCAGAAAAGAAGACCGCAACCCCAGCACACUCUGAUGUCAUCGGAGGUGAUCACAAGCACAAUGAACACUUCAGCCCCACAGACGAUGACUCUUCAUAUAUAGAUUUUGAAUAUUUUUGA